AUGACUGUUCCGGACGAGGUUGAUAUUAUCGUGUGCGGUGGUGGCUCCUCAGGAUGUGUUCCUGCAGGUCGUCUUGCGAAUCUCGAUCACAAGCUUCAGGUAUUGCUGAUCGAGGCUGGCGAGAGCAAUUUGAACAAUCCAUGGGUGUACCGUCCGGGCAUCUACCCGCGGAACAUGAAGCUUGACUCGAAGACGGCAACGUUCUACUAUUCGCGUCCAUCGGAAUGGCUUGAUGGCAGGCGUGCUGUUGUGCCGUGUGCACACAUUCUUGGAGGUGGCAGCUCGAUCAACUUCAUGAUGUACACGCGUGCGUCUGCAUCGGACUAUGACGACUUCAAGACCAAAGGCUGGACUACCAAGGAGCUCAUCCCGCUCAUGAGAAAGCACGAGACGUACCAGAGAGCUUGCAACAACAGAGACAUCCACGGCUUCGAUGGCCCCAUUAAAGUCUCGUUCGGUAACUAUACCUACCCAAUCAUGCAAGACUUCCUGCGUGCUGCAGAAAGCCAAGGAUUUCCCGUGACGGACGAUCUCCAGGACCUGACUACUGGCCACGGAGCGGAACACUGGCUCAAAUGGAUCAACCGUGAUACUGGCCGCAGAUCUGAUGCUGCGUCAGCAUAUAUUCACUCCACGCGUGCCAAGCACCAGAACUUGCAUUUGCAGUGCAACACCAAGGUUGACCGCGUCAUCAUCGAGAACGGUGUUGCAACAGGGGUGGUCACUGUCCCGUCCAAGCCUGUCGGCGGUUACGACAACGUACCACGCCGCACAUUCAAGGCUAGGAAGCUGAUCAUCGUUUCCUGCGGUACACUGAGCAGUCCUCUGGUCUUGCAGCGCUCCGGUAUCGGUGACCCAGAGAAGCUUAAGAAGGCUGGUGUCGAUACCGUUGUUGACCUUCCUGGUGUUGGUCUGAACUUCCAGGACCACUACCUGCAUUUCUCAACAUUUCGUGCCAAGCCCGAGACCGAGUCGUUCGAUGACUUCGUCCGGGGGGACCCUGAGGUACAGAAGCGAGUCUUCGAUGAAUGGAACCUCAAGGGUACUGGCCCAUUGGCCACCAACGGUAUUGAAGCUGGUGUCAAAUCUCGUCCAACGAAGGAGGAGAUGGAAGAGAUGAAGAAUUGGCCUACCAAUGACUUCGUUACGAAGGGCGGUUGGGACUACUUUAAAGACAAGCCUGACAAGCCUGUCAUGCAUUACUCGGUCAUUGCAGGAUGGUUCGGUGAUCACCUUGACAUGCCACCUGGGAAGUUCUUCACUAUGUUCCACUUCCUGGAAUAUCCGUUCUCCCGUGGCUUCACGCAGAUUACCUCUGCUGACCCAUAUGCUCCGCCCGACUUCGACGCUGGCUUUAUGAAUGACAAGAGAGACAUGGCUCCUAUGGUUUGGGGCUACAUUCAGUCCCGUGAGACGGCAAGACGCAUGCACGCAUAUGCCGGAGAGGUCACUGCUAUGCAUCCACAGUACGCAUACAGCUCAGAUGCACGUGCUCGCGACAUGGACAUGGCUACACGCAAUGCAUACGGUGGGCCGAACCACAUUACUGCCAAUAUUCAACACGGCAGCUGGACCAUGCCUGUCGAUAGCGGUGAGGGACCACAGCCGAACUUGCUCAACUCUAACAGCCAGACCUUGUACCGCCCGCUAAAGUAUUCGAAGGAUGACAUCGCUCAUAUUGAGAAAUGGGUCCAACGCCACUGCGAGACCACCUGGCACUCCCUCGGUACCUGCUCCAUGGCACCACGCGAAGGCAACGAUGUCGUGAAGCAUGGUGUGCUCGAUGAGCGUCUCAAUGUUCAUGGUGUCAAGAACCUCAAGGUCUCUGAUCUGUCCAUCUGCCCUGACAACGUUGGCUGCAACACCUUCUCAACUGCGUUGUUGAUCGGCGAGAAGUGUGCUGUGCUUGCUGCUGAGGACCUCGGGUACUCUGGUGAUGCACUGGAAAUGCGGAUUCCGACUUACCAUGUGCCGGGAGAGCUAUCUGGCUUGUCGAGGAUCUGA